ACCGUCGCUAUUUUUCCCAUGUAAGUAAUAGUAGUGUAAUAUAUCCCUUUCGCCAGUCUCCGUUUCCUCUCUCAUCUUUCUAUCUCUACCCAGCGGAUGCGGAGAGGAUUCUAACUCUACCCUUCUUAAAGCAGACGCCAUGGAUUCAGAUUCUCGAUCCCAUCGUCUCAAAAUUUGAGUUAGUAGACAGUAUAGAACAGCUUAGUUUUGGGUGCUAAUGAGAUUUGGUUAGAAACGGUGGGGGUCUUGCUAAGUAUUUGGAUUUGUUGAUUUGUUAAAAAGCUGUUUGGUGAGUUGGUUUUUCACUUGGGUAAGGAAGAUUUGUUUGGAUUGAAUUGAUCUCCGUUGGGGCUGUACGGAUUGGCCAUGCGACGGUUGUUCUCGGCGGCGAUCGGCCUCUUGAGAGAGGACUCCGUCAACACUCCAGCCAGCGCCAAUUCUCAAGGCUCUGAAAUUGUUUUUGUUGUUUCUGUUUCAAACUUAGCUGAUUUUGCGCGAGUUGAUUCAAGUAGAUUUCUCCAUGGCUGCAAAUACUCAUGGCCCUAGUCCCAAGGGCCUCCUCUGCAAUGCUGGGGCCGGUGCGGCCGCUGGUAUGAUUGCAGCAACUUUUGUAUGUCCUUUAGAUGUUAUAAAGACUAGGCUUCAAGUCCAUGGGCUGCCUCAACUUGCUAGUGCUAAUAUCAAAGGUAGUGUUAUAGUGGGAAGUCUGGAACAGAUAUUUCAAAAAGAGGGGUUGCGUGGUAUGUAUCGUGGGCUCUCCCCUACAGUGCUUGCUUUACUUCCGAAUUGGGCAGUUUAUUUUACUAUUUAUGAACAACUAAAGAGUUUUCUUGGUGCUGAUGAUCAUCAGCUCUCUGUUGGUGCUAAUAUGAUGGCUGCUUCUGGUGCUGGAGCUGCAACAACAAUUGUGACAAAUCCUCUUUGGGUUGUCAAAACAAGGCUUCAAACACAAGGAAUCAGAAGAGAUGUGGUGCCGUAUAGGAGCACACUAUCUGCCUUACAAAGAAUUGCACAUGAAGAGGGUAUUCGUGGAUUAUAUAGUGGUCUUGUGCCAGCUUUAGCUGGUAUUAGUCAUGUUGCGAUUCAGUUUCCGACAUAUGAGAAGAUAAAAUGCUACUUGGCUGACCAAGGUAACACCACGAUAGAUAAACUUAGUGCAAGUGAUGUUGCUGUGGCUUCGUCGGUUUCAAAAAUAUUUGCGUCGACCUUGACAUAUCCACAUGAGGUUGUACGCUCAAGGCUACAAGAACAAGGGCACCACUCUGAGAAGCGGUAUUCUGGUGUUGUUGACUGCAUUAAGAAAGUUUUCCAUCCCAGCAGGGGUUGUGCCACCAACCUUCUGAGGACGACUCCAGCCGCUGUAAUAACAUUUACCAGUUUCGAGAUGAUUCACCGCUUUCUUGUUUCUUUAUUCUCUCCCGAUUGACACCCUCAACCAUUCUGAGGAUGAAAAGCUUGUGAGCAGGUUCUGUUUGUUGUGUCUCUGAUUACUGAUUGUUUCUGUAUUCUAAUAGUUAGGAGGUCAGUGUUCUCUAUGAUAAUGAUGAUAACUUGGUAUAGUACAGAACAUCUUAUACAAAGUUUCAAGUUCCUUUUUAGGAUUGUUAUGUCUUUCGAACCUGUAGAAGUUGCCCUUUCCUCUCCUGGUUCUCCGUAUGUGGGAAGAGUUCUUAACCCACAAGGAAUGAAGCUUUAUAGCAUUUAGCCUUUUGGAUGGCUAUGAUAUUAUUA